AUGUCUGAGGAUAAGAAAGACGCAGCCAGCUUACUGGCAUCAUUAAAAAUUGAUGCUGACAACAACUCAUCUGAAGAUAAAAAUGUCAAAGAGAUAAAAGAAGCUGAUAAUGAACCAAAGGUUGUAGCUGAAUCAAAGACCAUCAUAGAAGAUAAAUUUGCCGGUAAGGAUGCUGAUAAGAGCGGAGAUGAUAAGAAAACCAAGGAAGAAACUGAUUCUAGUUUGGUUAAAUCUGAAUAUGAAGUCACUGUCAAAUUAGCUGAUCUUCAAGCUGAUCCUAAUUCUCCAUUGUUCAGUGCCAAAUCCUUUGAAGAAUUAGGUCUGGAACCAGAAUUAUUAAAAGGUUUAUAUGCAAUGAAGUUUCAAAAACCAUCUAAAAUUCAAGAAAGAGCAUUACCACUACUAUUAAGCAAUCCACCAAGAAAUAUGAUAGCUCAAUCCCAAUCGGGUACCGGUAAAACAGCAGCUUUUUCUUUAACCAUGUUGAGUCGUGUUGAUCAAACUGUAGAGUUACCACAGGCUAUAUGUUUAGCUCCUGCCAGAGAAUUGGCUAGACAAACGUUGGAAGUUAUCCAAGAAAUGGGUAAAUUUACAAAAAUUACUUCUCAAUUAGUUGUCCCAGAUUCUUAUGAGAAGAAUAAAGGUAUCAAUGCACAAAUUAUUGUUGGUACCCCUGGUACAGUUUUAGAUUUAAUGCGUAGAAAAAUGUUAAACGUCAGCCGUGUUAAAGUAUACGUUUUAGAUGAAGCCGAUAACAUGUUGGAUAAGCAAGGUUUAGGUGAUCAAUGUAUUCGUGUUAAGAAAUUUUUACCAAAAACUGCUCAAUUAGUAUUAUUCAGUGCUACUUUUGAUGAAGCUGUUAGAGAAUAUGCCAAAAAGGUUGUACCAUCGGCAAACACAGUAGAAUUGCAAAGAAAUGAAGUUAAUGUCAGUGCAAUCAAACAAUUAUACAUGGAUUGUGAUAAUGAAACUCACAAAUAUGAAGUGUUAACAGAGUUAUAUGGUUUAUUGACAAUUGGUUCAUCGAUCAUUUUUGUCUCUACGAAGAAAACUGCUAAUCUAUUAUACGGUAAAUUAAAACAGGAAGGUCAUCAAGUUUCUAUAUUGCAUGGUGAUUUAAAUAGUAGUGAUAGAGAUAGAUUAAUUGAUGAUUUCAGAGAAGGAAGAUCGAAAGUCCUGAUCACUACUAACGUAUUAGCUCGUGGCAUUGAUAUUCCAUCUGUUUCGAUGGUAGUCAAUUACGAUUUACCUACUACCUUGAAUGGUGAAGCAGACCCAGCUACAUAUAUCCAUAGAAUCGGUAGAACAGGUAGAUUUGGUAGAAAGGGUGUUGCCAUUUCAUUUGUCUAUGACAAACAAUCAUUCCGUGUCUUAUCCAACAUCAAGAAGUAUUUCGGUGAUAUAGAAAUGACUCGUGUUCCAACUGAUGAUUGGGAUGAAGUCGAAACUAUUGUAAAGAAAGUAUUGAAAGAAUAA